UGAUAAUGCUGCUAACAAUAUGAUUGCUAGAUCUAAUUGCUCUUAUAUAGAAAGUAUAGAUGUUAGUGAUGAAGAGAAUAUAGGUGAAGAGGAGAUUAAUGAAGAGGAUGAAAAGGAUAUUAACGAAAAGGAUGAAGUGGAUAUUAAUAAAGAGGAUGAAGGGGAUAUUAAUAAAAAGGAUGAAGGAGAUAAUAAUGAAGAAAAUGAAGGGGAUAUUAAUAAAGAGGAUAAAGAGAAUAUUAAUGAAGAAACAUCUAAAGCUAGAUCAAAAGAAAUUUCUAUGGAAGAUCUUAUCUAUAAGCUUUUCUAG